GCUCGAAUCAGGAAUCCACCAUGUCACAACACACCAAAUAUCAACAAGUAUCGCACAAUCACCAGCGUCUGCAACAACUUAAAAAACCCUCGCCUCGGUGCCUCCAACACCCCAUUCACCCGCUGGUUGCCCUCUGAGUACGAUGAUGAGAUCUCCCAACCAAAAGGAUGGAACAGAAACCGCAGAUUCAACAACUUCUUGCUCCCAUUGGUGCGGCAGGUGUCCAAUAGCAUCUUGAGCACAACAGAUGCAGGCGUUGUCAAUGACACAGAGUACUCUCACAUGGUGACCUUUUUUGGCCAGUGGAAUGACCAUGACCUCUCCUUCACACCAUUUUCACCAAGUAUCCGCUCCUUUAGCAAUGGGCUGAACUGCGACGAAAGU